AUGUACCCCGACCUAUACAAGGGGCUGAAACUGAGGCUCGAAGACCUGAAGGCAUAUGACUCCCCUUUAGUAAGCUUCGAAGGGAAAACUGUUUUUCUGAAAAGCCAGAUUAGACUGCCCAUACAAACUGGCUCGGACAUAGUGGAGGUGGACUUCAUAGUGGUGGAUGCAUAUUCGACUUACACCGCCAUUGUAGCUAGACCUUGGCUUCAUGCCUUAGGGGCUGUUUCUUCUACCUUGCACCAAAGGGUGAAGUACUCGUCGGAGGGUCAAGUCAAAGAAAUAGUAGGAGAUCAAGCCAUGGCUCGACAAUGCAUGGUAUCCGCCAUCUCACAAAGGCCAAGUGCCGAGCCCCCAACCCAUACCGAGAAUCCCUUAUAG